GAGAUUGCAGGAACAGACUUCCAUCUGAAUGGGUGGAAAGAAAUACCAUACACAUAAAUCAACAUAUUAUAUUGUUAUUUUCAGCACCUGUCUCGGAAACACAGAUGGAGUGCGGGAGGCGAGAACGCUGCGGGGAUCAACCAAGGACGAUAGUGCCUGGAGCGAGGGGAUGGCACUGAUACCUGGGUCUUCAGAGAAGUCUGAUGUACACGCCACGAGCGGAGAGGGAGACACACCGAUGUCUGGGACACCCUCAAGACCUGACACACGAGCGACACCGACACCCGCACGGAGAGACGCCCGGGCACACCACGACCUCCAUGUCGCCUGCAUGGAGGGGAGCCUGGCGGAGGUGAAGCGGAUCCUGGACACAGGUCGGGCUGACAUCAACUGUAGAGGUGUGUUCGGGAUGACACCGGUGUUGUGGGCAGCAUGGUGGGGACACAGGGAUGUGGUGGAGCUCCUUGUGAGUCGAGGUGCUGAUGUGUCACUGGUGGACGAUGUCGGUAACAACACCCUUCACUGGGCCUGUAUGGGAGGAGACAGGAAGACAGUGAAGUUUGUCCUAGUCCUGAAAAUGGUGGACAUCAACGUCAGGAACAACACCGGACAGACAGGAGCGGUGGACAUCAGCGUCAGGCGGCGAAUGGACGUGCAUAGGGGACAUACGAAUGUGGUGAAACUGCUGGAGCCAUCACGCUGUCACGUGAUGUAA